AUGGCCGGCAACGAUCUACCUCGGGCAAUUCGCAGCCUACCUACGGGCCUCUCAACGUUGAAACGUCAGGUUCGUGGCCAGCUUCCGCUAAUGGACCUCCGAAGGAAGCCAGUUCCACUGGUUCCCGAGAAGGUUGCCCGGGAGCAGCAGCAUCACGCGGCAUUGGAUAAGCUUACGGAUGACCUCUAUUUUAUCAAUCCUUUCUCCCUCUUCUGCAACAUUGCUAGCUCUGAUUUGAUGGAUAAGAUCCAUACUGGAAUGGCGGAGUAUCACGACGAGCCCUCUGAGCUAUGGCAUUCUCACGCCUGGGCAUCAUCGAUUCGCGCGACGUCUGGGGCAUUCGCGCAUUACCAGUCGGGGAUGCCGAUUUUUCCAUCCGACUUUGUCACUUUCAUUUGUGGUGAAGCGCCCUGCCACUGCUCCCAGGGCGCCGAGAACCAGAAGCUACAUACUGGCCGGGUCUACGGCGUUGGACGGGAUUUCAGAUCCGGUCAGACAGGCCAUAUCGUGAUUGAGAUCGAGCUAGUGCUCUUGAAAUCCGAUAUUACGGUACAGCUAGAUCCUCCGGUCCUUGAUUAUGAGGGGCUCCUCUCAUGGAACUUCUACUACUUUGUCUCCGAGUGUCAGAUCAUUUCCUAUAUCCCAGACGUCCAGCUAGACUACAACUUUGGAGAUGAUCGAUCUGGGAAGGGGAAAGUAUUCGCCUUUUAA